GUGUUUGGGGGUGUGGAUGGAGUGGAGGAGACCGGAGGAGCGGAGGAGGAAGAGAGAGGUGGAGUUUAGUGCCUGAACUUUCUUCACCUCCUUAUAGUAUGCGGUCAAAUGUUCUGAGGAAAAAAAGGCAUAGGCUGCUGUGAACAGCAAAGAGGUCAGCCGAGUAAAGACGUGGGCCUGUGCGAUGGCACGAUACCUGAAGUAUUUCACCACUGUGGGUGAUGAGCGUUCCGUUGAGUUGGAAGAGGAAGACCUGCAUGUGGUGAGCGAGGAGCUGGGUCCGGCGACGGGUCAGUUUCCACAGAGUGUGACCUUCAGGGACUCUCUCAAAAGACUCUACAGCUCAGAGCACUUCCAGGUGCUGGUGGUGUGUCUAGUAAUCCUGGAUGCCGUCUUUGUUUUGGCGGAGCUGCUGAUAGACCUGGCAGUGAUCCAGGUGGCACACGGUCACAUUGCCCCCGAGGUGUUCCACUAUUUGAGCCUGGCUCUUCUCACCUUCUUCAUGGUGGAGCUGGUCGGAAAGCUGUUUGCCUAUCGCCUUGACUUCUUUCAGCACAAAUUUGAGGUUUUCGACGGUUUGGUGGUCGUGGUGUCUUUUGUGCUAGACAUCGUCUUCAUUUUCCACGAGGAUGCGUUCGACGGCAUGGGUCUUCUUAUCCUGCUGCGACUCUGGAGAGUGGCCAGAAUCAUCAAUGGUAUCCUGUUGUCAGUGAAGACGCGCGCGGACCAGAAAAUCCACAAGUUGAAGAUCAGCUACGACCACCUCGUCCAGAGAGCCACGGAGCAACAGGAGCGCAUCGAUCAACUGGAACAAGAGAGAGAGAAGCUUCACACACUCCUGAAGAAGAACGGCAUAGAGUUUUAACUCUUGUAUCUUUCUUUUGUUUAUUUUGUUGUUAUGAUGCACCUUAUGCACACGGACUAUCUUUUUAUUUCCACCACACGCGUGUCAUUAAUUCCAUUGCAGAUUCAGUAUUAGUGUCACUCAAUAGUCGGUUACCGUAGCAACUUACGCUUGCUCUCCAGCACAAGCUGCAGGGGCCAAAGGGCAGCAGUGUUUAACAUUUUCAAUUGAAUUUCAUGUCUAUACUUAUAAACCAGGCAUGGGCAAACUAAGGCCCGGGGGGCCGGAUGCGGCCCGUUCAGCUUUUUAAUCCGGCCCGCCAAAAUGUUUUCAAAUUAUAUAAUUUAUUUAUAUUAUCAUUAUACUUUUCGUUUUCCCUGCAAUACCCACAUUUCCCCAAUAGAUGGCAAAAAAAAAUGAUAGAAGCAUUUGAGCAUUUAUGCAAGACAUGUCAUUUAUCUUAGUGACCCCGGCCGCCCUGUUCAAUUGUUAGGACAAUUGUGGCCCGUGGGUCAAAAAGUCAAAAACUGUAUGUCACAACUGUAGGACUGCUCAAUCUAAAACCUUCUUUACACAACGAACAGGAACUCAUGUCUGUUUUGCUGGUGACUGACAAUCACACAGAGGAGAGAACGAAAGGCUGUGAACAGCUUAAGAAAGAAACAUGGACCAAUCAGG